UGGUCAAUGACCAUCUGUAUGUUUCGUGUGCGCUUGUGCAGGUUCAUUCUAUGCCAGGGGCGAGUGUUAUUAUAAGGCCUAGAAUUUAAUGCACCUGCAUUGAAUGAAAUAAUACUCUGUUGAAUUAGAUAUUGUAACAAAUGCUCAUUUGACGCGUUACUUGCAAACAACACAAUCCGGAUAAAAAUGGCUGAAUUACCGAUGGGGAAAGGGGUCUCCGCAGGAAAAAUAGCAAGCAAUGUACAGAAAAAAAUUACCAGGGCUCAGGAAAAGGUUCUCCAAAAGCUUGGCAAGGCAGAUGAGACUAAAGAUCUGGCAUUUGAAGAGGGUGUGAUCAAUUUUAACAAACAGCUGGUUGAAGGUACCAAACUGCAGAAAGACCUGCGGGCCUAUUUGGCUGCUGUGAAAGCCAUGCAUGAAUCUUCUAGACGUCUGUACGAGUGCCUGGAUGACAUGUAUGAGUCUGAUUGGUAUGGCAGAAAGGACGUGGACUCCAUCUGUGAGGAUUCAGACCUCCUUUGGACAGACUUCCAUCAGAAACUUGUGGAUCACGCACUUAUAUCCAUGGACACUUACCUGGGCCAGUUUCCUGACAUCAAAGCCCGUAUUGCGAAGCGUGACAGGAAGCUGGUGGACUUUGACAGUGCACGGCACAACUUUGCUGCGGUAAACAAAGGCAAGAAAAAGGAGGGGAUUAAGAUUACCAAGCCGACUUCCUUGCUGGAGAGGGCUGCCCCAGGCUGGGCUCAGGGGAUCCUGUCCGCCCAUAACGUGGCUCAAACCAGCCUCUCCAGGAGUCAGGCGGAGGAAGAGCUGGAGAGGGCACAGAAGGUGUUUGAAGAGAUUAAUAUAGAUUUGCAGGAGGAACUGCCAUCUCUGUGGAACAGUCGUGUUGGCUUUUAUGUGAAUACAUUCCAGAGUGUGGCUGGUCUGGAGGAGAAGUUUCACCGAGAAAUGGGAAAAAUUAAUCAGAAUCUGAAUGAUACACUGGAGAAAUUAGAAAAUCAAGAUAUGUCCAGAAAAACAGGUAACCAAGAGGUGAGGACAUCAACAGCCCAGAAGAGUGAAAGAACACAAGAUGCCAAUCACACUUUGAGCCCAGGAGGACCGCCAGCCAUUCCCAAAUCUCCGUCUAAGCUAAAGCCAGCUGUCCCUCCACCUCCUAAAGUUACUCCAUCAAAGGAUCUGAAGCAGGAGAGCAUUAUCAAUCUAUUUGGUGAGGCUGCCACUCCAAACAUCAGUGUCACUUCGCCAACACAGUAUGAAGCUCCAGCCACUGCUAAUCUGCUGGAUAUGGAUCUGGACUCACUUCAGGCCGCCACCACCCCAGCCGCACAGAAUUGGGAUCCAUGGGAGCAAACAGAGAAAGAAGCUGAGGUGCCACAGACAUGGGACGAUGAUGGUACCCAGACUGUGCACUCUGGCUGGGGCGAUGAUGGUACCCAGGCUACCUGGGAUGAUGAUGAUGGUAGCCAACCUGUGCAUGCUCCGGCCGCAAUCCCCACCUGGGAUGAUGAUGAUGAGGGCUCUCAGCUUGUGCAGGGGAAUGACAAUGAUUCUACCCCGCAGGCCCAGGGGUGGGACGAUGAUGGGGCUCAGGCCACAGAACAGGCAGCUGUUACAGAAGAGGCAGUAGCUGAAACUGUAAGUGAUACUGCAGUAGCGACCACAGAAACCACAGAGAGUGUAGAGAUGCCAGAAGCCUUCCUGUUCAAAGUGAAAACAAUGCAUGACUACAAUGCCAAUGACUCCGACGAGUUGGAGUUGAAGGCAGGAGAUGUGGUGCUGGUAGUGAACUUUGAAAAUCCAGAUGAGCAGGAUGAAGGGUGGUUGAUGGGAGUCAAAGAGUCUGACUGGAUUCAGCAUAAAGAUCUUGGGAAAAAGGGAGUCUUUCCUGAAAACUUCACCCAGAGGAUGUGAGCACCUGUGAUCAGCUUGAUCUGUGACACUGUUAUCCCUUCUAUAUUACUCCUUUUUGCUUCCUUUGAAAAAACAGACAAGAAAAACUGUACUACACCAACAAAAGCAUAGCCACAGGCAAUCUGCUGGUUAUGUUUGUGGAAGUUGUUGACAGGUUAGUCUUUGCGUUGUUUUUGGCUGUCCUCUUGAUGACUCAUAUUUGUCAUGCUAUAAGUAUAAGACGAUUGAAUCAACCUUUGACAAAAUGAGUGCUAGUAGUUUUUCCUUUUCUAAUUGAGGGAGUAACAUACCCAAACUAAGUCCUUGCUUUAAAUGUUUUUAGACUAGCCACUCUUAACCAUUGUCCCAUUUUGAGUGAAAAAGUUUUAAAGUCUAAUACCUGAAAGAUGAGCUCACAAACUGGUGAGAAAAUAGUCUCUAUAGUCUGAUACUGACCACUAUUUGAGUUGCAUGUAAUAUAAUUAUGUCUCAGAGGGAAACAAACAGUAUUUCUUUUUAAAUGGUGAAGUCCCUGCUAACAAAAAUGUGUUCUGAGAAUGUUUUGCUAAUGUUCCCAUUAAGUUAUAAAAAUGUUAGAUUUGAAUGAUCUCUGAAUGUUUAAAAUGUUUUUAAAUUUUAAAACGUUAUGCCAACGUUAAGGGAACAUUCUGGGAACAUUUCAGAACAUUCAAAAGUAACAAGUAUAAAAUUUUAAAAAAACAUUAGACAAACGUCCGGAAAAAACGUUCCAUUUAUGAUGUAAAAAUAAUGUUUUUGUGAACUUUUUGAGAACAUUAUCAAACACCAGAAAACUUUGAUCAUUGUUAACGCUAAUGGAAGAACGUUUGUUCAUAACUUUGAAAGAACCUUCCAGAACGUUAGCCAAAGUUGUGAGAACGUUCCCUGUUAGCUGGGUAAUUGUUUGACUGCUCUGUCAAAGAUCUACCAGCACCAUUUCUGCAUGUUUAAAUCAGGAACAAACUCAAAAGUAAAAAUAAAACAGACUAAUAUAGUCAAUGGAGUAUUUUGUCCAUCUCAUUAAGAAACAAAAACCAUAUGCACUCGCUCCAUAUGCAGUUAAUGUCGACAUUAAUGAGGCUGCUCAGGUUAUAUGUUAAUGAACCUGUGUGCUGUUUCUGACUCUUAGCUUUACUGUAUAUGCGAUAUUGCUAUCCACAGAUGUUUUUGAUAAAGACAUUUCCGAUAUUAACAUUUGACUAAUACUUCACUGUGCAAAGAGAGUCAUAUACACAUAAUUUGUCUCGGUCAUUUAGUAAAAUACAGUUUAUAUUCAGUGAAGGAGAAUUUCUUAACAUGUAAUGCAAUAAGCUCUGCACAGAUUUUUAAUUCUUUAUUAACUGUAUUCAUAGACAUAUCGGAGAUAUUGGGUAAUGACAAAGUGUGGAUAUUAACGCUCACUUGUGUGAGUUUUAAUAUAGUGCAACAUUCAAAAGUGACUCAGAUUAUGCAUAAUAUGACUUCAGUCCUCUUACACUGUUUUAUAGUUUUAUUUUUGUACACUGUGCGACAAAUGAGAGUUAAAAUGAUUCUAUGUGCCAUGAUCACUGGCUUAUAACUGGGGUCUUUCUCGGUCUUUUCUUGUCUGAUCAGAAUUUACCAUCCAUCCCAUAGCAACAAGAGCAGAACAGGUUUAGUGUAUCUGAGGUUAUGAACUUUAAUAAAGACCGAACUCAAGUUGGUAUGGCAGAAAUAUUGAUUCUCCAGUCAUCUGUUGUGCUGAAUGAGAACUUGUUUGCUUUUUGUUUGGUUUGGUUUGUUUGUUACUCCUGAUCUCUCUCUAAUUGGACAUGUCAUGUGACCCAAGCUUUCGAGGGAGUUCUUGCCACGCUUCACCAGUUUUUAAGCAAGUGUGUGUGUUUGCUUUUUGUACCCUGUACUGAGAAAUCAAUGUGAUCUGUAUAGAGACAGAUUACUGAGUUAUUUAAGCUGCCAAUGCAUCUUUAAUGACCUCUCGCUCAAGCUAUUAAUUAAAUCGAAAGUCCCCAGAAUGAGUGGACAAACACUUCCUCUUCCUGUAUUUGAACGCAGUUAUGAUAUUUGCUAGCGUUGUUGCAUUUGUAGCCGUGAACAUUGUGUCGUUUUGUUGGGUUUUGUCACUAAAGAUACAAAUUCUCUGAACAUAUCUAUAUCUGUAAUUAGUGUGAAUGUGAAAGAGGCAUGCUUAAAUCCAUGAGCAGUGUGUCUGUGUGUAGUGACUUGAUGUUUUCUUGCUGAGGUGGCCUGGGAAACCAGGGCCAUUUUACGCCACUAUAAGCCAUGAGUGUAUCAUUCUACAGUCCUGUAUCCUGCUGACUCACCAAUGCUAAUAAACAUGGAUUUAAUCCUG